UAAUACCUUAUAACAUUUAAGAUACAUUCAUAUUCAAAAUAUUCUUCAUUCAUCAGAUUAUAUAAAUAAUUAAAGCAUAUAAUAUAUUAAAAAGUGCAUUUAAAAUAUAUUCUAUAAUGAAAAAGUAUUUGAGGAAAAGUGUAUACUUUCAUGUUCGAUAAAGUUGACGUUGCCAUUAGAGAAACUAUCUAGCACUCUUUACAACAAGUCCAUUAUUGCAGAAAAUUAUCUGAUGUGAAUUGAACACACCUUUAAACACAGAAAAUUAAAAGAGAAAAACAGUGAGAAAAAGAAAAACAUUAGUAAUAUGCAGCGGAUGUGCUUUGUAGAGAACAAAAAGGAGGAGCAAGUGGAGCAGCUUGAGGAGCAACGUGACACUAACUUCAUAGAGGUGGCGACAGAACAGACACCAAACAUGAGGGGAAUGAAAAGGGACUGGAUCUUUAGAGUCCAGGUGCAGAAGCUAGAAAAAAAUGAAGUUCUAUAUGUGGUGGGUAAUUUACCUGAAUUAGGUGCAUGGAAUCACAAUCAGGCAGUUCAAAUGUCACAAGAAAAUGGCAGUCAGGAUCCUCCCAUGUUUUUCGAUGGUAAUAGUAGGAGAGAAUUUUAUAAUGAUGAUGCAGGAGACAUAUACCGUGAUGAAGAUGAUGAAAGUGGCCAAAUAUUUUCACAAAAAGUUUCACUUCCUAUUGACACUGAUAUAGAAUUCCGAUACUUUGUUGCUGUUAUUUGUCAAUCUAAUGGUACUAAGAAUUCGGCCAAAACUCUUAUUAUCUGCCGUUGGGAAACACACAUGAUACCUCGUCUUAUCAGGAAAAAUAUUCCUAGCAAUUUUACUCAGGACUCAUUGCCGGAUCCAGACUCGUUUGGAUACUACAAUGGCUAUUCAAAAAUUGAACGGGGAUGGUUAACGGAUGAAACUGUGAUACAAUUUAAGCUAUUUGAUAAUCCAAUUAAGUUAUGGAAGAACCGAUUGCAGAAUAGGAAACUUCACAUUAAAAUGACACCUGUAAAUCUAGUUAGACAUAAUUCCUUAGAGUUACAGCAAUUUGGUGGAGAUUGUGUAGAUGAUAGUCUUUCUGUGGAUACACAAGAUGUUGUUGAUCAACCUGCCUUUAGUGUUACAGAAAUUGCGGUAAUGAAUGAUGAAGAAGCACACUUCAAGAUUCAGGAGCAAUUUGGCCGAGCUUAUCACGAAGAUGACUUUAUUGUCUUCAAUGUUGCCGUCCGAUAUCCUGAAACAAUUGCAUAUUUAGUGGACUACUACGUGUACAGCUCAAGGAGUUUUCCAGGAGAACCACCAAGUCAUAUUGGUUUCAGCUACAUCUUACCUAGUACAUUACAAUCUAGUGUUGGACUUUUAACGGUACCAAUUACAAGUACAAAACACAGACCAAUUGGACAACUUACAGUUGAAUAUGUUGUGAUAAAAUCAAUUCCGGAUUACCCAUGGGACAUGAGUAUAUCUUACGCAAAACAUUGGGAACAGCGGUGGUCCGGUUUGGAUGUGGGACAUAGGGGUUUAGGUACAUCUUUCCAUACAAAAAAUUGUGCUAAUGUACGUGAAAAUACCAUAGCUUCUUUAAAGACUGCGUCAUAUCAUGGAGCUGAUAUGGUCGAAUUUGAUGUCCAAUUGUCUAAGGAUCAUGUACCUGUUAUUUACCAUGAUUUUUAUGUUUCCAUUUCACUGAAACGUAAAAAACAAAUAGAAGCUAUGGACAUGCUUGAAAUACCGGUUAAGGAUCUUACAUUAGAACAGCUACACUUAUUAAAGGAUUUUUAUUACCCGGGAGACUCGUUGGGUAAGGUGCUGUAUGUCGUUGAUAAAGCUGAACAGAAGGUUACCCAACUGGUCUAUCAUGUGGCUGAAGGUCGAGAAAAGAAUCCAAGAUUUUUUGAUGAAGACUUAGAAGACCAUCAACCUUUCCCUACUUUGCAGGCUGUACUGCAAGAAUUGGAACAACAUGUUGGAUUUAACAUCGAAAUUAAGUGGACUAUGCAGUUGAAGGAUGGCACAUUCGAACUUAAUCAUCCCUUUGAUCUCAAUCUCUACUUGGACACAAUACUCAAAGUCGUUCUAGAAUAUGGAGGAAAUAGAAAAAUUGUUUUCUCAUCCUUUAAUCCUGAUAUUUGUGCCAUGAUUCGACUUAAACAAAAUAAAUACCCAGUAGUAUUUUUGACACAAGGCAUCACUUCGAAAUAUCCUACUUAUCAUGAUCCAAGAUGUCAGACAGUAGCAAUGGCUGUCAGACACGCUUUGGCUGCUGAUAUCUUAGGAAUUAAUGUACAUACAGAAGAUAUUCUUAGGGAUCCAUCACAAGUUAAAUUUGUGAAAGAUGCUGGAUUAAUCAUCUUUUGCUGGGGGGACGAUAACAAUGAUAAAGCGACAAUUCAGCAUUUGAAGAAACUUGGAUUACACGCAGUUAUUUAUGAUAAAAUCGAUGAGUAUAACGCAAAAGAGGUCAAGGAGAGUAUAUUCUUGGUUGAUGCGAGAGAAAAUCAGAAAGCGCUAAUUGCUUUAGCGCAAAGCAAUCAAGCUAGUUCACAGCAACCUCAAAUAACUAAUCCAAUCAACACAGAAAAGGAUUAUUACAUGGAUGUUGAUAAAUCGCAAAAUAUGAUCACAACCGCUCCGACUACAACUUCGCUUACAUCUUUUGGUAAGAAUACUAAUGGUGGCGAUAAUAUAUAUCCCAUGACAACUAUCAAAUUAUCAACUACAUGUGACCAUCAGGAGAGCAAAGAAAUCAGUGAAGUAACAAAGGAUUUUAAUGAUUGCGCAAAACCCUUCGGCCGUACGUUAAAAGCUAAGGACAUCUCAGACACAGUUUGUAGACAAACGGCUGUGGUACCUGAAAUCUAUGGAGAGGAUGAGUCUGCAAAAAACUGUCUUUGAUGUUUCUUCUUUAACAAGCCUUUUCGAUCUUGGUUUUAACAUAGAAGGCAUUGUCUAGGAGAGGACCUGUCACAAAGAGGAAAAAAAAUUGAAAAAAGAAAAGAGAAAUCUUAUCGUAAUUCAUAGUUUACUAUAAUAUUUACAUAAAGGCCAUUGAUUCGAUUGUAUAAUGCGCAAGAAAGAUGAUCGAUUGCAAUUUUUACAUGAUUCGGAUGAUCGAUCAACUUGAUUGUCCAUUUUAUAUUACAUCUUACUUUUUUUCAAAUAUUUCAAAUAUUGAUCAAGUUCGGUAUCGGUUAUACGAAAAAAGUUUAACUCCUAUUCUGCCUGUGGAAGAUAAAUGCUGAAACUAA